AUGUCAGUGUGCCUCGCUGUUACCAAGACGAUCGCGGUGUCGAGUUUAGGGAUCUACUGCGGAACGCUGUGCUCGGCGACCAUUUUGGCGAAAUUCACGCCUAUGGACGUGGUAAAAUCGCAGCUCAUGGGUCCUGCAAAGAUUGUGGCCCGCGUGGCAGCGUCUUUUGCUACUGUCUCGUCACUUUUCUUCGGGCUCAGUUUUUUUGGCGCUCCCGCUGCAUUACGCCAUCCCUAUUUGCUAUACGGAAUGCUUGUGGGGCCUGUCUCUGCAUCAUACAUGGGCUUGACGAUGAGUUUUCGGAGACCGCGUCAGUGUCGCGAACAGUGCUCCAAACGUGCCGCCAGCCAGCAGGCUGCUACGGAGCCCGCUACUGCUGCCGCAACACAGCAGCCAGAAGCGCCGGAAUCGUCGUUGGACGAAUCAGUGGUUGAUCUAGGUCAAUCUGCUGCGUCUCAUGAUGAAUACGAGACCGUUACCUCUACCGCCGGCAAAACUGGAGCCUCUACUACUACCACUACUACUACUACUGCUACUAGUACUCCCGAUAGUGCUACUACCACCCUUUCUGACCACGUGACUGCCCAUUCUUCCAAAUGUUUACGUCCAAUUCCCAUUCUAUUUGGCAUUUCAGUUGUCGGAUUUAUCCAAUCUGUGUUGGGUAUCUACGGUGAGGGUUUGCUUGCGUAA